AUGAACUUCUCUUUGAAGAAACCGGGAUCCAAAAUUGGGUUCUCGGUCAAGAAGAAGGCCUCGGCAGUGAAGAAGAACGAUCUGUUUGGAGCAGAGGAGAAAACUGAAACGAAAACCCAAAUCAGUUCUGUGCAGGACAUUGAACAGAAAAAGGAAGAGCCUUUGGUAAUUCAGCCUGUGGUGAAAGCGUCUGGAUGGGAGGCACGAAGGAAACAGCGCCAAGAGGAAAAGAAGUUGGAAGAGUCACCCAAACUCGAGUUUGGACUCAACAAGCAGAAUAAGACCACAGCUUCUCAGCCAUCGUCGCGGUCGGUUCCAUUGAUUACCCAGGAAACUGAGGAUGGCGAGGCUCCAACACUUUCGAGCUACGAGAAAAUGCCCGUUGAGAAGUUUGGCGAGGCGAUGUUGCGAGGAAUGGGUUGGAACGGGUCGAAAGCAGGCUCGAGGCCGUCUAACUCCAAACCUAGGAUCCCAUACCUUGGUUUGGGAGCCAAACCGUCUCCGGCACAAGAAGAUCGGUCCAUUCGCCAAGAUACCACGUAUGUUCCCGUGGUAAGAAGAUCAGAAUCAAGUCAGUCGCAGGAACGGUCCCGGUCGCGAUCUCCAACCCGGGCGUUGGAGUACAGAGAGCGGUAA